CUCCCCCCUCCCCUACCCUUUCUCCUCCACCCUCCAAAUCCACCCGGGGUCCCCCUACCAUUUUAACCCCGCGGCCUUAGCCGCUAAUGCUCCGCGUUUGAAAUCGCUAAGCGCACCCGAAACCCUAGCCCCCUCCCCUCCCGAGUCCCGACCGCCAUGGGCAAGUACAUGCGCAAGGCCAAGGUGGUGGUCUCCGGCGAGGUGGUGGCCGCCGCCGUCAUGGAGCUCGCCGCGGCGCCGCUCGGGGUGCGCACCCGCGCCCGCUCCCUCGCGCUGCAGAAGAGGCAGGGCGGGGAGUACCUCGAGCUCAGGAGCCGCAGGCUCGAGAAGCUCCCUCCUCCCCCGCCGCCGCCGCCGAGGAGGAGGGCGACGGCUGCGGCUGCGACUGCUGAUGCGACGGCGGCGGAGAGCGCGGAGGCGGAGGUGUCGUUCGGGGGGGAGAACGUCCUCGAGCUGGAGGCCAUGGAAAGGAAUACCAGGGAGACGACACCUUGCAGCUUGAUCAGGGACCCCGAUACGAUUAGCACCCCUGGAUCUACCACAAGGCGCAGCCACUCGAGUUCUCAUUGCAAGGUGCAAACACCCGUGCGCCACAACAUUAUUCCAGCAUCAGCAGAGCUGGAAGCGUUCUUCGCUGCCGAAGAGCAACGGCAACGACAGGCUUUCAUCGACAAGUAUAACUUUGAUCCUGUGAAUGACUGCCCUCUUCCCGGCCGGUUUGAAUGGGUCAAGCUAGACUGAUAGAUUUUCAGGAAAAGAAGGGCACCAUGGACCUCUCUGCUCCCUCCACAGUAGUAGCGUGGCAGAGGCGCUUACCGUCAAGUUAGCUUUGAUCCUGUUGUAAAAAUUUAGGGUUAGCCUGUAGACUCAAUGGUCAAUGUGAACAUACAGAACUGAUGCUGAGUUACAACCCUAAUCCCUCAACUACAAUGUAACCCUUAACAGCUCAUUCUGUAAGGAACCACCUCCUCCUCUAGGGCCUAGCUAGCCUUAUCAUCUGUUAUUACCAGUUGCUGGAUUAAUGAAGUUAGAUCUAGAUAUUGUGUCACAGUUUAACCUGUUCUGUGUGUGGUGGUAGCAUUGGCAUUGGCAAUGGGGUAUGGCAGUGUGUGUGUGGUGCUGCACUGCACCUCCCGAAGUGCUGUAAUUUUUGUCUAUACUUCUGCUAAAUUGUCCAUCUGAAAAGCUGGUUGCAAUGCUUGAUAGGGAGUGGCAUCUUCAUCA